AUGACCCUGAAAGCUGCCACUCAAGAUUCAAAUGAGUCCACCCCGGUGACGAUGGAAAAUAUCGAUGCUGAAAUUCGCACAAUUGAUGAGUGUGAUAGUAGCAUGACUGAAAAGUCUCAGGCUAAUACACCUGCCGAGAUCAGUGCCGAGGGAAUUUCUGUCAAUGGAAAUUAUGUACCAAAAGUUGCACCCCCGGAUCCUAUCGCCAUCUGUGGUAUGUCAUUACGUCUCCCCGGAGGCCUGAAUUCACCACAACAGCUAUGGGAAUUCUUGAUUGCCAAGGGUGACGCCCGCAGCCCAGUACCGGAAUCAAGAUACAAUGCUUCUGCAUUCUACUCCAAGACUGCAAAACCAGGCAGUGUCAAGACUGAGUAUGGGUACUUUCUUGAUGACGAUCUAUCUUCCAUAGAUACGUCAUUCUUCUCCAUGAAUAAGGUAGAAGUUGAGCGAGCAGACCCGCACCAACGGCAAAUGCUAGAAGUUGCAAGAGAAUGCAUGGAGGAUGCCGGUGAAACCAACUGGAAAGGAAAACCAAUUGGCUGUUAUAUGGGUAGCUUUGGCGAAGACUGGAAUGGCAUAUUUGCAAAGGAGAGCCAACAGCACGGCUUAUACCGUGUGACUGGAUAUGGGGAUUUUGUUUUAGCGAACCGUGUCUCUCAUGAGAUGGAUCUGACAGGGCCAAGCAUGGUAAUCCGCACUGCUUGCUCCGCAUCUAUGGUUGCAUUGCAUGAAGCGUGUCUGGCAAUAUCUAGGGGUGAUUGCGAGGGGGCUAUUGUCGGCGGAGCCAACUUGAUAUUGAGCCCGGAGAUGACUAUUGCUAUGACGGAGCAAGGCGUCUUAUCACCCGAUGGCUCUUGUAAGUCUUUUUCCGCCGAUGCUAAUGGUUAUGGCCGAGCAGAAGCAGUAUCUGCUGUUUUCAUAAAACCUUUAUCCGACGCUAUCAGGGAUGGAAACCCAGUACGAGCUGUCAUUCGUGCAACUGCUUCAAACAACGACGGAAAAGGUUCUGGUGCUGGUAUCUACUCUCCCAAUGAUAUUGCCCAUGAGUCCAUGAUCAGACGUGCCUAUGAGGUGGCGGGUAUAACAGAUUAUUCCCAGACUGGGUUCUUCGAGUGUCAUGGCACAGGUACAGCUGUGGGUGAUCCCAUUGAGACCAAGGCUAUAGGCCGUGUUUUUGGUCCUGGUGGAAUCCAGAUCGGCUCGGUCAAACCCAAUCUUGGUCACUCCGAAGGAGCUUCGGGUCUCACAUCACUGAUCAAAUCGGUACUCGCUCUGGAGAACUCUAUCAUUCCCCCGAAUAUCAAAUUCAACAAGCCCAACCCGAACAUCCCAUGGGACUCUGGACUCUCCGUUCCCACAGAGCCAAUGCCAUGGCCCGAGUCUCGGAGCGAACGUAUCAGCGUGAACAGCUUUGGUAUCACUGGUACCAAUGCUCAUGUCAUUCUGGACUCGGCUAAAAGUUUUGGGAUCACCUCCCCCGCCCCGAAGCGGCCUCUCACGUCCCCACAACUGCUGGUCUACUCAGCGAACAGCGCCGACUCGCUGAAAAAGAUGACUGAAACUUACAAAUCCUUUGCUCUGAACAAUCCAGGCCGAGUUCGUGAUUUAGCAUUCACCCUAGCGAAUAGAAGAGAGCAUUUGCCUCAUCGCGCAUUUGCCGUGGCAAGUCUUCUUGCCACUGUCACAACUUCAGCACUCUCAGCAUCAAAAACCGAGGGGGUACCUAGUAUCGUUAUGGUAUUCACCGGCCAAGGUGCUCAAUGGCCACAGAUGGGUCAAUGUAUGCUCCAAAGCAGCGCAUAUCCUGUGUUCAAAAAGAGCAUCCAGUCACUCGAUGAACAUCUACGAACACUCAAGCAUUCUCCAGAAUGGUGUAUCGAAGAAGAGCUCCAGAAGCUACCUGAUGCUAGCAGACUUAGUUCUGCUGAAUUUUCUCAGCCUCUCUGUACCGCAAUUCAAAUAGCUCUAGUCGACACUUUCGCCUCUGUUGGAGUGGAGCCUGCGGCUGUUAUAGGCCACUCUAGUGGUGAGGUGGCCGCUGCAUAUGCCGCUAGCGCGAUUACGGCCAAUGAGGCCAUUGAAAUCGCAUUUUACCGUGGCCAAGUCACGAAGCAAGCAAAGUCCGGAGCCAUGGCGGCUAUUGGAAUGAGAUCUGAAGAUGUCCAAGAAUAUCUGCAGCCUGGAGUAGGAGUAGUCAUUGCUUGUGAGAAUUCACCAAGGAGUGUUACUAUAUCCGGUGACUCCGAGGCAGUUCAAAUGGUUGUUACCAGGAUCAAAGAGGCCCACCCUGAUAUUCUCGCAAGACUGCUGAAGGUCGAUAAAGCUUAUCACUCCCACCAUAUGAUGGAUAUUGGCAACGAUUAUUAUUCGCUGAUUGAAAACAGAGUUUCUGCCAAAGACCCCACAAAAUUGUUCUUCAGCACUGUUGAGAACAAGAUCCUUACCCAAGGCUCAAGCCUUGGUCCCAAAUACUGGCAAAAGAACUUGGAAUCUCCAGUGCUUUUCUACUCCGCAGUUUCAUCUAUCAUCAACCAUCACGAUGUUGCGAAGAAGAUGUUGUUCCUUGAGGUUGGGCCCCACUCGGCCCUCUCAGGCCCCUUGAGGGAAAUUCAGACUCAGGUCACCGACUCUGCUUCUCCAUAUGUGUCAGCAUUUAUCCGCAACCAGAACGAUCUGGAAGCAUUCUUGGCAGCGGCUGGAGCGCUGUACGUAUUCAAUUGUCCGCUCAACUUGAAUAAGGUCGUUUCAGACGGCACAACCUUGCCAGAUCUCCCAAGAUACCCAUGGGACCACUCGAAGAAAUUUUGGUACGAAUCUAGGCUGAGCAAAGAGUGGCGUCACCGCGAGCAUAGGCAUCACGAUCUGUUGGGAGCUCGGGUCGUGGAGAGCCUCGAUGUUCUAUUCCGAAAUGUCUUCCACUUGGAUAAUGCACCAUGGAUUCGGGAUCACAAGGUUGGUAUGGAUAUUGUCUUUCCAUUCGCUGGAUAUGUAGGAAUGAUCGGUGAGGCCGUGUGCCAGAUCACUGCAGGUCAAAUCACCGGAGGCCAGAGCACCGGGGUUAAUGAGGCGUUCAAGCUGCGUAAGGUCAUCGUUAGCACCGCCCUUGUGUUGAACGAAGCUCAGCCAGUCGAAAUAAUGACUACAAUGCGCCGUGUUCCCUUGACAGACUCUCUAGAUAGCGAAUGGUGGGAAUUCACCAUCGCUUCCCACAACGGAACAGGUUGGACCAAGCACUGCUCCGGCGAGGCGAGUUCGCAUACUGAAGAAGCCAAAUAUGCGGAGAAGCAUACUCAUUUCAGGCGCAAAGUCGACACACAUCAUUGCUACAAGUCAAUGUCCAAGGCAGGUCUCAACUUUGGCCCUGAGUUCCAACGACUUGAUAUCGUCCAGGCCGACACUACUACGCAGAAUGCGGUAUCGGAUGUGGCCGCCAGAGACACCGAUAACGAGGGAUAUUAUUAUAUGCAUCCGACUGUGAUAGACGCGUCACUACAGUUGCUUUAUGUUGCUGUGUCGAAAGGCUAUGACCCAGCGAUUAAGACCAUGGUCCCCACCAAUAUUGCAGAAAUGUGCAUUUACCGCUGCCAUGAAAAUGUUCAAAUCCGGGCUUCCGCAACCUACACCCCGAACGGUUCCAUCAUUGGAAGUGGGCAAUGUGUCACAGCUCAUGGCAAGAUUGCCUUGCGCAGCUCUGGAAUCAGAUUAUCUGUUCUUGAUGGGCAGCAAGAUUCCAGUGAAGUUGGUGACACCACUUGUCGCGCAGAAUGGGGUCCUCAUAUUGGCUUUUUGGAUGCCAAAAAUCUAAUAAAGCCACUAAUUGACCGUAGUGGAUCCAUGCCUGUAAUGACAGAGCUUACUCAUUUGUGCAUGAUUCACACAAGACGGGUGAUUGCGGGAUUGAGUACUUCAAUUGACCAUAUGCACCACUAUAGGUCUUGGGUUGACCGCCAUCUACAGUCUGUUGAUGUUCAAGAUCUCGAAUCGCUUGAAGACGCUGUCAUUGAGCAGCGAGUGAAAGACAUCAUCCACAGCACAUCGAAAGAUGCGACUUAUUAUCCUUGCAUGGUGGCCAUGCAGAAAGUCUUCAGCAAUGUUGAAAAGAUCUUCACCGGUGAAAUUGAGGCAUUGGACCUUCUUCUCUCAGACGAUACUCUGACCGAUGUCUAUGUCUCCAUGGAUCAAUGUGAUGAGUCACAGUUCUUUAAGCACUUAACUCAUACCAAGCCCAAUCUGCGGGUUCUUGAGAUUGGUGCCGGAACAGGUGGAUCUACUGCCGAAAUCCUGAAGACGUUAAUACCUACACCUGGAAAUAGAACUCUCUACUCCAAAUACACCUACACUGAUGUCUCGCCCGGCUUUUUUGUCGCAGCUCAAGAGCGAUUCAGAACGCAGCCAAACAUAGAAUACGCAGCCUUGGAUAUCAGCAAGGACCCCUCUACGCAGGGGUUUGAUGGUCGGAAAUUCGACCUGAUCUUAGCUACAAACGUCAUUCAUGCCACGAAGUCUCUCCACGAGAGCCUGAGAAAUAUCAGGCAACUGCUAGAUCCUAAUGGCUGGCUGCUGCUUCAUGAGUUGACAACAACUUGCAAAUGGCCUAACUAUGUCUGGGGAGUUCUACCUGGCUGGUGGGCUGGUCAAAGUGACAACCGAGCAAACGAGCCAUACGUUAGUACUGAGCGCUGGAGAAGCGAGCUUGAGGCUUGUGGAUUCCACCCCCAUGCUAUGGUUCCGGAUUCUGCGGAACCACAUCAACUAAACACUAUGAUUGCGGCUAAACCGAAGGCUGAGAGCAUCCCUGAUAAGCGUGUUACGCUCUUAACUUUGUCCGACUCAGAAGCCGUGAAUUGUAUAACUCAAAGUCUGGAGAAUCGGGGAUAUGCCGUUCACCACUGCAGAAUGCAGGAUUUGCCCUUGACCUUGCCUUGUGGUCAGGAUGUCAUUGCUUUGGUUGAUGAGGAAGGUCCUUUCUUUGAUGAGAUUGACAAUCGGCGGUUCGAAUCAUUCAAAACAUUGGUGGAUAACCUGAAAAAUUGUGGAAUCUUCUGGGUGACUGGCCUUUCGCAAAUCCAAUGUCACGACCCCAGGUUUGGUCAGAUAACCGGUAUUGCCAGGACAAUUCGCUCUGAACUGCUAAUCGAUUUUGCAACCUGCGAGGUCGAUAAUGUCAACAUUUCCUCCACAGAAAGAAUCAUUGAUGUCUUUGAGAAAUUCCAGGCUUGCCAGGAAGAUGAAACAUUCAAGCCCGAAUUCGAAUACGCUAUUGUGAAAGAUACGGUCUAUGUUGGAAGAUUUCAUUGCUUCUCGGUUCAUGACGAAACACCGCUACCAGCCCCGAAUGACAAGACCGCUGACAGGAUCGCUCUUCGAACCAGCAAGCCUGGCCGCCUGACUGCUUUAGAAUGGGCUCAUCAAGAGUCUGAAGUCCUCAAGGAGAAUGACGUGGAAAUUGAAACACAUGCAACUGGCUUGAAUUUCAAGGACGUUUUAUGUGCUAUGGGGAUUUUGGAAUCUUCAGGAGAUGGGUUCGGCCUUGAAGGCGCCGGCAUUGUUCGACGCACUGGCCCAAAUGUUACCAUGAAGCCCGGCGAUCGCGUCAUGUUUAUUUCGCGAGGUGCAUUCGGAACACACGUUGUCAUAUCUGAGAAUCUUUGUGAAGUCAUUCCAGAUGGGUUGAGCUUUGAGGACGCAGCUGCCAUGCCUUGCGUAUUCGCGACGUCGAUCCACUCAUUGUUCAACAUUGGAAAUCUGAAAAAAGGACAGUCUGUUCUAAUUCACAGCGCUUGCGGUGGGAUUGGUAUCUCCGCUAUUCAGCUUUCCCAGAUGGCUGGCGCCGAAGUAUAUACGACGGUAGGCAACGAGGAGAAGGCCAAGUAUCUUAUGGAAACCUUUGGGCUUCCCAGGAAUAGAAUUUUCAACUCUCGCAACACCUCUUUCGUCGAGGAUGUGAUGCGGGAGACGAACGGUGAAGGUGUGGAUUUAGCCUUGAAUUCUCUAUCUGGCGAGCUGCUGCAUGCAACAUGGCAGUGUAUUGCACCUUUUGGUAAAAUGGUCGAGAUUGGAAAACGCGACUUGGUAGGCUCUGGCAAGCUUGAUAUGAGUACCUUCUUAGAGAACCGCAGCUACUGCUGCGUUGACCUGGACCAGAUUUGUUUCACCAGGGAAAAGAUGGCAAAGGAGCUACUUAAAAGCAUCGUGGAACUACUCAGACAACGCCAUAUUAAUCCCAUUCGACCGAUCAAGGUCUUUACAUCUGAUGCCAUUCUUGAUGCAUUCCGGUAUAUGCAACAGGGUGUCCACCUGGGCAAGAUUGUUGUGUCAAUGCGCGAUAAGACUGGUCAAAUUAGCAUUGGAAAGGAUGUACAGCGGCGCAAGAAGGUGAUACAAUUCGAUGGCUCUGGCGCAUAUUUGCUAGUUGGUGGCCUUGGAGGCUUAGGCCGCUUUAUCUCAAUUUGGAUGGUAGAACAUGGGGCUCGUCACCUCAUAUACCUGUCUCGAAGUGCAGGUUCGAAGAAACACCUUGAAUUUGCCCAAGAACUUUCCAGCAUGGGCUGCCGCACCAGCUUUGUUCAAGGAAGCGUUGACAAGAUUGAGGAUGUUUCGAAGGCCAUGGCACAAGCUCAAGGGCUCAAAGGUAUAUUGCAGAUGUCCAUGGUACUUGCUGACCAAAGCAUUCCACGCAUGACGAUGAAAGAGUGGAAUACGGCUGUUGAUCCAAAGAUCAAAGGAACCUGGAAUCUCCACAAUGCUUCAAUGUCCGCGGACCUUGACUUCUUCAUCCUUUUCAGCUCAAUAUCUGGCAUCUUUGGCCAGCCUGGCCAAAUGAAUUAUGCUGGGGCAAACAGCUUUUUGGAUGCCUUCUCCCAGUAUCGUUUAGGCCUGGGGUUGCCUGCCUGCUCCAUCCAGAUUGGUGCCGUCGACGAUGUUGGAUACCUUAGCGAGCACGACUCGCUUAUGCAGAAAUUGAUGGCUUCCAGCGUCGGGGACUGGAAAGUCUCAGGACGAGAACUCCUCGAAGCGAUUGAGGCAGCUGCACAAUCAAAGUCACACCCUGGCUUCUGUCUUGGCAUUCGCGCGAACGCACCUUCGGGGAAUACUGGAAGUCGCUCACCUUGGAAGAAAGAUAUCCGUAUGGCUGUCUUCAAGAAUUACGAAGAGACUGGGAAAUCGUCUGGCUCUUCUUCUACUGAAGGCCUCCAAUCUUUCCUAGCUGCGGCCAAGGCUGACAAAGCUUUACUUGAUCAGCCCGACUGUGCCCACUUUCUCGCCGUCCAGAUCGGAAAGAAGAUUUUCAACUUUCUGUUGAAACCGGAAGAAGAUCUGCAGACAUCCUGCUCCCUGCCAGAACUUGGAAUCGACUCCCUUGUGGCUAUAGAAGUGAGACAGUGGUGGAGAUUGACCUUCGGGUUCGAUAUCAGUGUGCUUGAAAUGAUGGGGAUGGGUAGUCUUGAUGCCCUUGGUGAGCAUGCUGCUCGUGGAAUGCUUAGAUUGUACCAUGGAGUUGCAGAGUAG